UCUUAUUUCCUAUAAAAUAAUCUUCUGUAACAUUUCCCCCAAAACCCCAUUCUCUCAACCGAGCUAACUUUUUAAGAAAAGUCAAAAGCUUCAUUCACUUCUCGCCGAUCCAGCACUCAGGAUAGACGCUUCUUUCCAGCACCCCUUCAGGGUUUCUUAACAAUCAAGCCAACUUGUGGCUUAGACCGACCAGUAUUCUUCAUUUGUUAAUUAUUCGGUGCAACGAUCUUGUGCCUUCUUGGACCAUUGAGAGCGAUCCUGCCGAAACCAGCUGCCUGUUCUUGGCGCAGAACUUGAGGCAUCUACCCUCACGGAGACAUAGCAACCACACCUUUCAUUGUCUACUAAGAUCAGAGAAGUCCAGCAAGGCAUCUGUUUGUUUCCCGAAACAUUAUCCGAAAUUACUGAGAAGUGAAGAAUAAAGGAGAAGUAGAGAAAGGAGAUAAUAUUCCGAAAUAACAUACGAAUUAGUAUUUUCAAUCCAACAUGGUAAAUCCGUCGGAAUAUAGCCAAGUGAACAACAUGUCACGUACUUUCGUACGGCGCUUAAUUGACGAGUUUGAAGAAGAAAUAAAAUGUAUGUCGGGAAAGUGUAUGGACAUUGGUUGUGGUCCCGGUGACACUACAAAAGAUAUUCUCCUAUCCGCACUCGACGCAAAAGCGGUAGUCACUGGUACGGAUAUCUCGGAGAGUAUGAUUACACACGCCAAGAAAGUAUACGGUGACGAGAUACGACUCAAUUUCGACAUACUUAAUAUUGAAACAAAAGAGCUGCCAAAAAAAUAUAUUUCUCAGUACGAUCACGCAUUCACAUUUCAUGUUCUGAAUUGGUGCCAAGAUAUUCGACAAGCAAUUGAGAAUAUAUAUCAUUUACUUCGACCUGGCGGAACUGUAUUAUCACUAACAGUCGUGUCUCACGACGUAUUUGAUAUCCUACAUAAAUUGUCGCAAGAUGUACGCUACAAGUCAUAUAUAAAGCAUAUAAAUCAUUUCAUUCCGCCGUUUUACAACUCUCUUCAACCUCAGAAAGAAUUAAAAACGUUGCUCAAAAGUAUUGGCUUUAAUGUACUUCACUGCAGCCAUCGUGAAAGAACAUUACUCGCUGAAGAUAUUCGCCCAUUCAUACUUAUGAUUCUAUCUUUCGUGACACAAUAUUUGGAAAACAUGCCCCACGAGCGAAUGGAACAAUUCAAAAACGACUUUUCACAGGAAUAUACAAGAAGAAGAUUUGUCUAUAAAUGUACGCGCGGACGAGAUGAAAGGAUUAUAUCAGAUUUACAUGAAACAUUAGUUUUUUAUGCACAAAAAAGUAAUGAUAUAUGCUAAAAAAUAUGCGUUUAUAUGCGAUCGUGCAGUGUCGUCGAUGUUCGUUUUUAUAUCAAAAUAAAGUACAUUUUACUUACUUUUUACCACUACUAGAACACUACAAGCUAGAACACUACAAGCGCGCGCUACGCGCGCGCCAUUUUAGCUUAUUCAUAUUAAAGUUCAGAAUAAAUAUUAUAAAUCAAAAAUAAUCCCUGGAGUAUAAGUUCGAUAAUAUCCGACUCCAACAUACGAUGUAUUAGGCGCAUACAGUUUGAAAUUCCAUGACACAUAU